AUGUCAGGCAGUGACAGUGAAUGGAUCCAAAUUAAGGAUGAGGCGGCCACUGUCCACGACCAGGCCAUUCGCGAGGAGCAAGAGACUACGCCGUUCCUGGCCGAGGCCCAGGUGAUUGAGUCUGACAACAAGCCACUGUCCGAAAAGUUGCAAGAAAUGGAGGACGCGUUGGCCAAGUUGUCCGUGCGCAAGGAGAAAAACAGGUUGGCCUUCGAUGAUGACGCCGAGAUCAUCGAGAUCAGCCCUCGCAAGCCCCAGAAGAAGGAUGCCGCUGCCGCCUCGACCACGGGCGCCUUUGGCCCCGAGGGAGAGGUUGGUUCUACUGCGUCUUCGGCCAUGGAAACCGACACCAUCGACCCGAAUGCGCCGAUCCAGUUUGUGUUGAAGGAGUCGGGCCUCUACGCCAUUAAGGGAUUCCCGGAGGGCCUGCCCCAUGUGGACCAAGCCACCAAGAAGUUGGCCAGAAGCAUCACUAAUGACGAUGCGGCAACCCUGGUCCUCCGCUUUAAGAACGUGAACUGGACUCAGGCUUCCUUGCAGCGGGAGAUGCUCAAGGUCUGCCAAAGGCACCUGAUCAGCGAAGCACUGUUCGGUCCCAUCGGCCAUCUGCUCCUUGGAGUAGUUGCCACUGGAUGUCGUCGCCUGCCAUGUGAUGCCUUCAGGGGUAUAGACCAGCUUCCAGACGAUGCAGGUUGGCGGGGCGCGAUCGACCGCAAUGACCUGUUUCUUGCAGGGCGUACAGGUGCCUUCAACCUUGGCGUUGGGCCACUUCUGGAAACAGUUGGGGCACAUGAGCUCGUAGUCCUGUUGGCCUGCCUCGAGGUUAGCAACAACAUCCAGGGUCAGCAGGCGCAGAUGUAUGAAGUGGAGGGCAAGGCGCGCAGACCGACAGAGGCUGACGCGGAAGCCGUGAUAGACCCCCAGAUUGCCGUCCUGCAGGAGCUGCAGAUGGGAGCCCUGUCAGUAGAGGAUAGCAAGGCCAAGUCUGCGCAGGUCCUUCGCCACCUUGACCGCUUCCGCACCCUCCUGAAGCGCGACUACACACAGGGCCCCUGGGGCAAUCUUGACACUCUGCUCGAUGCGCAGACGCAGCUGGACAAGGCCAAGGCCCAGAACAAGCGUCGACAGGUCAUGGACGCCGCCGAGCUGGAGCAGAUGCAGGAGGCAUACGGCAGGGCCAAGAUCUUGCUUGCGCAGGGUCGCUCUCCAUUCCCUGCCGCCCUGCUAUCUGAGAUGCCCUCCUGUGCUGCGCUUGAGCGUGAAAAGGCUGCGCUCGGGAAUUUCCACGGGCACUUGCUCUCCCUACACUUCGGCGAGCAGAGAAUGUGUGGGGGCAAGUGGUCGCGCAGAGAUGGUGCGGCAGAGGUGCUCAUGUUGGAGAUGAAAACGCACCCCAGCACCUACGACAAGUUCUUUGAGCCGGUCGUCUUGGACUACGCAGAUCGCCAGGGGCAUCUGCCCAGAACUCACGGCGAUCCGGGGGGCAUUCUUUGCGGAAGGCGACGACACUUACCACUGGAUCAGGGAGGUGUUGAUAGGGCCGCGUGGAGUUCUACAAGAGGGCGGGCUUUUCAGAACAACUCCCUGCUCUUGGACCCGCAGAACCGCACCCGCCUCCGCUUCUCCAGGAAUGGCUUGGAACAGGUGAGCAAGGCGCUCUGGACUGUCAUCCUGUCCAAUCCGGGAGCUCGCGGCCAAGCGUGCGGAGAGAUCUGGAGCCAAGAGGCCCAGAACAUCAUGGCUACGGAGCCACCCUCUCAGGAGGACUCGUCCUCGGGCGCCGUUGGCCCCGACCAGGACCAGGUCCACACCGGGCGAGUGGCUGGCCAGACAGCACCAUCCCUGCCGCCUGGCAAGGGAACAUGGACCUUGGACCUGCUUGCAGAAACGGUGUGGAUAACACAUGUCUUCAAGUCUGGCUUGGCCUCAGUGGGCUCUUUUAUCCUUGACAUUGCUAAGGAACUGAUGCCGGCCUUCCAGCUCGCUGUCGGUGAAUGCUGGGACCCUUUGGAGGUUCCCCCACCAGAAGGACAUGCCAACUAUUCCUCGACCAAGUCCUAUGCUGCUGAAAUCCGGGCCACCUUCAUGGAAGAAGUGGACCUCGGCAUGGUCACGGGCCCACUCUCGAAGCAGCAGGCAGCGCAGAUCUGCAGCUGUAGGGCGGAGGACCUCUGCCCCUGUCCAAUGGCGGGCAAUGAGUGGACAAGAUCCGCGCCAUCUUUGAUGGAUCUCAUGGGGGUGCGAAUGCGCGCAUCCAGGCCGCCCAUGAUUGUUCGUCUGUUUGCCUCCUUGCUUUUGCGUAUGUUUGAAGGACAGCAUAGACAAGCCUCCCCUUUUGCUCCAGUCUCAACACGGCAUGAAGCCAGCGAUGCGAGUGCCUCCGAGACUGGCGCCGUCUUCCUGGGCGGAUGGCUCUCCAACCUGGACAACCCGCAGAAGAAGGAGGUCUUCUGGUUCCAUUACCAGAUUACGCCAGAGAAGCACCCCUGGGCUUUUGAGAAAGGGGACCCCAAACGUAGAAUUGGAGCCCUCGAGAUGUUUGGCUCUCUUCUCCUAGCAAAGUUCCUCAUCUUGAAGGACGACGCAGGGGUUCCGAACCUCCGUAUCCCCAUGGUCUCGGACAACCAGAGCAACAUCUACCCGAUGCUCAACCAGAAGACGCGGAAGCUUCACACGGCCCUGGUUCUUAUGGAGAUGCUCCUCCAGAUCCACGGUGCGGGCCUGCAGCUGGCGCCGUCUCACGUGAAGCGGCACCUCAAUACGUGGGCUGAUGAACUCACCCACCCUAAUUUUGCAGGUUUUUGCAUAGAGAAGGAAGUGUCUGUCGAAUCAGUGCUUCCUCAGUUUUCCCUUUUGAACACUGUUCUUUAUGGUCCUACUCCGCUCAUUUAA